CAAUAAUUAUCAUCACCACACACUUCACAGUCAACGCUUCGAAUUAUCCUUAAAUCCUCAAUGUUUAUCUCGCUCUCACUUCUAGUUUACCCCCUCUUAGCACUUGCGGCGGUCCCCCACCCGCUUCUCGACCAUCACCUACUCAGGAGGCACCCGGAACCUCGAGAAAAUCCGAACGAAAUCCAAGGUGUAUCACCACCAGAGAGGUGCAUGGCUCCCUGUACUAGUGUUUAUACCUACGCCGCAUCUGGCCUUAUAACCGAACCCCCUCAAACUCCUGCAAAUAACAGACCCUACGGCUUCGAUAGCGCCAAGUUGUGCCGCAACAAAAACUUCAUGGAGGACGCCCCACACUGCAUUGACUGCCUUUUCCGCACCAUGAAUGAAGUAGACUGGCGUUCCACUCUUCUGAACUCGUAUCGAGUGUGUGUGUACGAGCUCAAAGCAAUGGCAUGUCCUCGUAGCUGUGGGGACGUGGAUAAAAUGGUUGAGGCAUGCCGACGGAUAGAUGCCGGGGAGAUUGAAGAUCCGGAGCCCGUGGAUCAUGCGCUUGACCCGAGGACCCCGCCGUGUGUUUGCAAGCCAAAGAAUAGAAAAGCUGUCAUGGAUUGUUUUGAAUGUAUGGUUGACUGGAACGCCGUUCUUGCACAGGACUGGCUUAAGCUCAUUAAGCCAUGUAAUGAUUGGAACGACUUUCCUUGGGCGUGAUAGGCUUUGGGACCUACCAUAUUGGUAUUAGCGUAGUGGACAUCCAAUAAGGUGCUGGGAGCAUUGUUUGGGGGGAACUCAUUA